AUUUUGUAAUCACUUAUUACUUAGCCCUAGCCUCGCCCAUCUCCACUGUCUCUCUUCCUCCUCUAUCGAUCAAAUCAAGGACUGCAACUUCUCUUCCUUUUCAGAUAGUCUCAUGGGAAAGAAGACCAAAUCAAAAACAACUUCUUCUCCGCAAGAAAAAGAGAAAGAUGUGAAGCAAUUGGAAAAUAAACCUUCAUCGAAGAAGCCCACUACCGAGAUUGACGAAAUAUUCGCCACUAAAAAGCGGAAGAAGCUCGAUCAGGAAAAGACCCAAAAGCCCGCCAAGGACGGUGGAGCUAAGAAGAAGGAGAAGAAGAGGACGAGGAGGAAGGAGGAUGAUGAUAAAUCAGGUGGUUUUUGGGAGUCGGAUUCUCGUCCCAGAAAGAAAACGCAGGAUGGGAUUGCUGUGUACACUGAAGAGGAAUUAGGACUCAACAAUUCGGAUGCGGGAGGUACCCGGCUUUGCCCAUUUGAUUGUUCUUGUUGCUUUUAAACUAUACAUAUUUUUUUAUCUUCUACUUUAAUUUAAUUGUAAUGACAAUUUUUGUGUUGGUAAAAUUUCAGAAGAAUUUGGUCUUUUCUGUUUA